AUGUCAAGAACAUGGCGGUCCAAGGCGCUGCAGGAUGCCACGCUGGAGGAGUUGGCGAGUGCACUGACGACGCAGCUGAAUAAGGAUCGUGAGGCCUCCCGGCAGCAGAUGCAGGCGCUGCUCUCCGCUGAGAAGCUCGUGGAGGAGAAGCGACAGCAGCUCCUUGAGGUCGAGCGGCGCAUCUUCGCAGUGGUGGACAGCGUCGACGACGUCAUCGAGCUGAAUGUGGGAGGUGUGCACAUGACCACCGCCAGGGCCGUGCUCUGCAGUGCCACGGGCUCCCUCCUGGCAGGAAUGUUUUCCGGCAACUUCGAUGCUGGUCACAAGCGCGACAAGGAUGGCCGCAUCUUCUUGGAUGUCGACCCGAUCCUUUUUGAGAGGAUCCUCCGCCACCUCCGGUUGCGCCGCAUCGCCAGUCCUGAGCAGCCAGCUCCGCUACCUCACGUUCCAGAGGACCUCCGGCCAGAGUGGGAGAUGAUGAUCAAGUACUUCGGGCUGGACACCUUCAU